UAUAAGCAGCAAAUGAAGGGGAAAAAAAACAAAGAGAGAAAAAAGAAAGAAGGGGAAGAGAAAGGAGACAAGAAAAGUGAAAGAACAAGGGAAAUCUUAUCCUUUUUCACUAAAUUCACUAAGAGAUGUGAAAUUCAUACUUGCCACAGCUGUGAUUAGUAAGUGCAGACAGGUUUAUACUCACUAUAACAAGAAUAACACGCAACCAAAGAAGAUGGAGAAUUCUAGCAACGGAAAUGAUCAACAGGUUCCAGGAACCACCAAUAUCUCAGUUCUGAAUUGCAUUGAUCUCUCGAGCCCUGAUAUUCAGUCCUCUGUUUCCCUCCUUAAACAGGCUUGCUUGGAUUCUGGGUUCUUCUACGUAACGAAUCAUGGAAUUGAAAAGAAAUUCAUGGAUGAGGUUUUCUCCCAAAGCAAAAAAUUUUUUAGUCUGCCCAUGGAAGAAAAGAUGAAGCUUUUAAGGAAUGAGAAAAAUCGAGGUUAUACUCCUGUUUUUGAUGAACAUUUGGACCCUGUCACUCAGAUACAUGGGGACUAUAAGGAGGGAUAUUACAUUGGCGUUGAAGUAUCUGAAGAUGAUUCGGAUUCACAGAAACCAUUCUAUGGGCUGAACAAGUGGCCGCGUGCAGAUAUCUUGCCCACAUGGAGGGAAACUAUGGAGAAAUAUCAUCAGGAGGCACUAGAGGUAGCCAGAAAAGUUUCACGGUUGAUAGCCCGUGCACUUGAACUAAAUUUUGACUAUUUUGAUCAUCCUGAAAUGCUUGGAAAACCUAUUGCUACUUUACGGCUGCUACACUAUGAAGAUCGAGCUUCUGAGCCUGAUAAGGGAAUAUUUGGAGCUGGUGCACAUUCUGAUUUUGGUUUAAUUACCCUUUUGGCAACAGAUGAUAUCGUUGGUCUUCAGAUAUGUAAAAACAGAGAUGCCAAGCCUCAGGUCUGGGAGUAUGUACAACCACUGAAAGGGGCGUUUAUAGUUAAUCUUGGUGAUAUGCUGGAGCGAUGGAGCAACGGCAUUUUCAGGUCUACGUUGCACCGAGUCUUGGGUAACGGCCAAGAAAGAUAUUCGAUAGCUUACUUUGUUGAGCCUAAUCAUGAUUGCAUUGUCGAAUGUCUUCCUACAUGCCAAUCAGAGAAGAAUCCUCCAAAGUUCCCUCCAAUCAAAUGCCAAGAUUACAUGCUUCAGAGGUAUAAAGAUACGCAUGCAGAUCUGAACUCCUACAAAUGAUUGAAGUGUAAUUCAUGAACAGGAUGCUCUUCUAACGAUGGUGGCGAUACCAUCUGAAGGAGAAGCGGAUGAACACAAUGACUUUAUCAGAAUACACAUCACACACCACACUUGUAUAUAGCAACCAAACCUAUGAACUUGUAUAUUGGAUUGACAUUCUACUACAGUUUCUGCAUCUUGGGAGAUUGAUGAUUGGUAAAAGAGUGCUUGUAGCUUCUGAUUCAA